AUGAAGUCCGCCGUAACACUCGCUACCGGCUCGCUGCUGGCUUCGGUUGCGCACGCCCAGGUGGUGCAAUGGGACAUCCAGAAGCGGGACCUGGCCCCCAAGAAAGGCCUGCGACGCCGCGCCGCUUCGACCUACACCGAGGUUAUCACCAACGAGGAGGCAAGAGGUGGCUACUUUGCGACCGUCUCCGUGGGUACACCGGCCCAGAACCUGACACUGCAGCUGGAUACCGGAAGUAGCGACAUCUGGGUUCCCUCGAGUCAGUCCUCAGUAUGUGAGAAGUCGGCGUCGAGAGGAGGCAGCAGCAGCAGCAGCAGCGACGGCUGCACCUUUGGGUCUUUCAAUCCCGAUAAAUCCAGCAGCUACACCGUUGUGGGCCAGGGUGACUUCAGCAUAGCCUACGUCGAUGGCAGCCAUUCGAAAGGCGACUAUUUCACCGACGUUUUCGAGAUUGGUGGCGCCAAGCUGUCCAAUAUGACAAUGGGUCUGGGAGAGGACACCGAUAUCCCGUACGGUCUCGUGGGUGUCGGCUACGCCAUCAACGAAGCCAUUGUCGGCACCGAGCAGUCUUUGUCAGCCGCCUACGACAACCUCCCUGUCUUGAUGCAGAACGAGGGUCUCAUCGCGACGAAUGCCUACAGUCUGUGGCUGAACGACCUCGACGCCAGUACGGGCAGCAUUUUGUUCGGCGGAAUCGACACGGAAAAGUACGAGGGCGACCUCAGCCGUCUUGACAUCAUCAAGGACGAGCAGACCAACUCGUUCAGCUCUUUCAUCGUCUACCUGACCUCGGUCACGGCCAACUCAUCGUCUGGCAGCGAUACGCUUUCGUCUCGGGAAUUCCCCAUCCCCGUUGUCCUGGAUUCCGGCACUACCCUCAGCUACCUCCCCACCGACAUUGCCGCCCAGGUGUGGACGGAAGUCGGUGCCAUCUACUCCUCCGAAGUCGAUUCCGCCAUUGUCCCGUGCUCCAUGGCCAGUAGCAAGGGUCAGUUCACCUUCGGCUUUGGCGGUGACAAUGGCCCCAAGAUCUCGGUCGGCAUGGACGAGCUUGUGCUCUCCCUGGUCACCUCGGGCUCGAAUCCCACUUUCAGAUCUGGACAGUAUGCGGGCAAGGAAGCCUGCCAGUUCGGUAUCCAGAACUUCAGCAGCGAUCCUUUCCUGCUGGGAGACACAUUCCUCCGGUCCGCCUACGUCGUCUAUGACCUGGUGAACAACCAAAUCGGCAUUGCCAAGACCGACUUCAACUCGACCACCUCCAACGUCGUGGCGUUUGCGAGCGACGGUGCUCAAAUGCCCAGCGCUACGGCUGUUGCUAACCAAGUAACUGCAACGGGCUCUGCUGGAACCUUUGCGACCCCGACUUAUGGUGCCAUGAAGGGUUUCACCGAGGCCAACGCCGCAGUCUCAGUACCCGUGUUCCAGUGGGCGCAGCUUGGUGUUAUGGGAGCUACGACACUGUUCAUGUUGAUAGGAAGUGGUUUCUUCCUCUUAUAA